UCUCUUCCUAGGCAACUCUGGCAAUCCCAUCUCACCUCCUCCACAUAUCCCUUCCCGAGAGGAAUAAGGAUGGUAUUCAUUCGCGAGUCCAUUGAAAAGAGAUUUUUUUUUUCCUAUUCAAGCUCCCCUUCAUUAAUUCCUUCCUCCGCGGGAUAUGAAGCCGCGUCGUCUGGGGUAUAAAAGCUGUUCCCAUUGACUCAGAAUUUAUCACAAUCUGCGUAAUCGUCAUUGCUAGUGAAGAAAUUAGUGAUAUUUUUUGGGCCCAAUUGUAUUGGGUAUAGGGAUGUACUCUGUCUGAAGCAGCUUAGGCUUAAGAAAUCUAAUUUACAAGGGCAUCCCGGCCGGCGUACGGUUUGGUCUGUUAGUUUUUAAGAUGGAAGAGCGUUUGCUGGAUGAUAUAAUCAAGCGGCUGCUGGAGUGCAAGGAUGGCGGAUCGGUAAAACAGGCGCAAAUCUCCGAGGCGGAGAUUCGGCAACUGUGUGCGACAUCGAAGGACAUAUUUCUCGGCCAGCCCAAUUUCCUGGAGCUCGAGGCUCCCCUCAAGAUCUGCGGUGAUAUCCAUGGACAAUACUCUGACCUGUUAAGGCUGUUUGAUUAUGGUGGCUUUCCACCAGAUGCAAAUUACUUGUUUUUGGGUGAUUAUGUUGAUCGUGGUAAGCAGAGUUUAGAGACAAUAUGCCUUCUUCUUGCCUACAAGGUCAAAUACCCAGAAAACUUCUUUCUUUUAAGGGGAAACCAUGAGUGUGCUUCCAUCAACAGAAUAUAUGGCUUUUAUGAUGAAUGUAAGCGGAGGUUCAAUGUUCGCUUGUGGAAGAUUUUCACAGAUUGUUUCAACUGUUUGCCUGUUGCUGCACUUAUUGAUGAUAAGAUUCUAUGUAUGCAUGGGGGCCUUUCACCUGACUUGAAAAGUUUGGAUCAGAUCCGAAACAUUUCAAGGCCUACAGAUGUCCCAGAUAUGGGUCUUCUAUGUGACCUCCUUUGGGCAGAUCCAGAUAAGGAUAUUGAAGGUUGGGGUGAGAAUGAUAGAGGUGUAUCAUACACCUUUGGACCUGAUGUAGUUUCAGAAUUUCUAAAGAAACAUGACCUUGAUCUUAUUUGUCGAGCACAUCAGGUGGUCGAGGAUGGAUACGAGUUUUUUGCUAAAAGGCACUUGGUCACUAUAUUUUCUGCUCCCAAUUAUUGUGGAGAAUUUGACAAUGCUGGGGCUCUGAUGAGUGUUGAUGACACGUUGAUGUGCUCCUUCCAAAUUAUAAAGCCACUUGAUAAAAAGGGGAAAGUUGGAUUUGGAUCAAGACCUGGCACACCAGCUAAGAGGGCACCUCAAGGAUCUAAGAGUUAGGAAAUGCACUGCCUCUGCUAUUCUUUUGAUGGAACUUUGUUUGCAUUUGGCUAUUCAGCAAACAGGACUGGCAAGGAAAGAAUUUGAUAUUUAAUAGUUUUGUGCCAUAUAAUGUACAACUGCCUAACUGACCCAUAAUUUGUGUGGCAAUUUCUUUUCAGUGGUCUUUUAUAAAAUUCAGCUCAUAGAAAGCAGAAUUUUGUGUAAUGAGAGGAUCGGCUGGAAGGCUUAGAUCUCAAAUGUUGGGUAGACCAAGCCUUGAAAGGCUUAACGGGCACUUGAAAUAAUUGAUUUCACAUGUACAGUGGUAAACAGAGGUUUAGUUUCUCAAGAAGCCAUCUUUUUUAGUUUCAAUAUGUAAGAGCUGGUUUUUAGCAUGCUCAGUAUCAAAUCUCCUUACCCGUUUAACCUGUUUUAUGAUCGAUUUUGUUGUUGUGAUGAUCUUGGAGAUUUUGGUGAGCUCUGCAUUUAAGGUUUCCGACUUCUUAGAAGGAUUUUUCCAGCUUAUAUGCAGUCAGAAUACUCUAUGCAUUUGGAAACCUCCUAUAGCUAAAGUUUUCUUUCUUAUUGAAUCCGGGCUCUUAUUUUCUCCAAACUUGAGCAGCAUAGUGUACUUUCUCGAGAAUAUGCAGUUGUAUUUGGAAGAGUUUCUUGUUUUUUUGAUACCUUUACCUUGCUUCCCUUAAUAUUUGAGCAAGAUACUUCUUUUUCAAGAAUGUUGUAGUUACAAGUUGGAUUAUGUGAUUGAGAGGGAGCGUCACCUCCAUCUUAUUAA